AUGAAUCAGGAUAGUAGAGAAGACAAGUUUAAAUGUAGGGAAUGUGAUGAGAAGCACUACAUGGAUGGUCCAUGGAUCGAAUGUAACCGAAUCGAUGAUAUAUUGCUUGGCUCCAAGAUUUGUAACGGAUAUAGAGAUUGCAUAAAAACUAAAACUACCAAAACUAACGACGAGUUGAAUUGCACAAAAAGAUUUUACUGUAAAAGCGGAUUACCGAUCAACAUUCCCGAUUCAAAACUAUGUGACACGAUUCAGGAUUGUGAUGACGAUAGCGAUGAAAUGUACUGUACUGACGAAACACAUUUUUAUUGCGAAGAUGGCGGGAAAGUGUUAUACAUAAACAGAAAUAGGGUUCGAAUCAUUUCUAAAGUUAAUGACUCGUGA